CACAUGCUGAACAACACAGAGUCAACAGGCUGUUCGAGGCUCAGACGAAGCAUCACUACGACCGGACAACGAAAACAGAGCAGCGGAUGAACGCACGGUGGACUCUCAGAGAACUUUUUUCCUAAAGAAAGGCCUUUUUAGAAACAUACUUUUUGUUAUUGUUAACACAUAUUUCUACCGACUUGGGAUGUGACUUUCAGUGCAGACUCCCAGGCGGAGCGCUGUUUUCCCGGAGAGAUUUAGCGUGUGUUCGCUCACAUUUCUAAGGCGAAGUUGCGACUUUUGAGGGGCGACAGGUUCGUCACAUUUACAUGACAUUGUAACACUCGGCUCCGUCACCUCUCGACCAUGGCGGAAGCGGUCCAGCAGCCACACCUGGUGGAAAUCGACCCGGAUUUUGAGCCCCUGUCGCGGCCCCGGUCGUGCACUUGGCCCUUGCCCCGGCCGGAGUUCAUCAACCCGGGCGACUCCAACACGUCCUCGCCGGUGCCGUCUGUCAAGCAGGAGCCCGCAGGCAACGCCGACUUUAUCAACAACCUGAGCCUGCUGGAGGAGAGCGAGGACUUCACGGAGCAGAAGCCUGUCAUCCUGUGCACCGAUUUCCAGUGUCAGGAGAACUGCGUCCACCAGCAGCCGCCACAGCAGCAGCAGCAGCAGCAACAACAUCAGCAUCAGCAGCAGCACCCGAAUCCACAACUCCCGCAUCAUCAUCAUCAGCAACAGCAGCAGCAGCAGCAGCAGGUGCCUCUGCUCUCCUCCCCGGUCGGCUCGUCGUCCUCGGCGGCCGCAGCUGCCGCCGCUGCCCAGAGGAAGAGCAGCUCCUCCCGGCGAAACGCAUGGGGGAAUAUGUCAUAUGCAGACCUCAUAACCAAAGCGAUCGAAAGUUCUCCGGAGAACCGACUAACUCUGUCUCAGAUUUAUGACUGGAUGGUGAAGAGUGUGCCUUAUUUCAAGGACAAAGGAGACAGCAACAGCUCUGCAGGCUGGAAGAACUCCAUCCGACACAACCUGUCGCUGCACAGCCGCUUUGUUCGCGUCCAGAAUGAGGGCACGGGAAAGAGCUCGUGGUGGAUGCUGAACCCAGAGGGCGGGAAGAGCGGCAAGUCCCCACGCCGCAGGGCGGUCUCCAUGGACAACAACAGCAAGUACAGCAAGAGCAGAGGAAGAGCAGCUAAGAAAAAGCUGUCCCUGCAGGGCGGCCCUGACGGAGGCGCAGACAGCCCAGGCUCAUACUCCAAGUGGCCUGGCAGCCCCAACUCCCACAGCAACGACGACUUUGAUGCAUGGAACAGCUUCAGGCCUCGGACCAGCUCCAAUGCCAGCACUCUGAGCGGCCGCCUCUCGCCCUUCAUGCCAGAGGACGACCUCGGGGAGGCAGAUGUGCACAUGGGCUACCCAGGAGCGCCCGGGGCCAAGAUGACAGCCACGCUGCCCAGUCUCACAGAGAUGACGGGCUCUCUGGGACACAGUUCUGAGAAUGUCAUGGAGAACCUUCUGGACAACCUGAACUUGCUCUCGCCUAACAACUCUCAGGUUGGAGGAGGGGCAGCGACCCCUGGCUCCUCCCAGUCCUCCCCCUCUCCUAUGAUGCAGCCGAGCCCCGGGUACCCGGCUUACAGCUCCCCCAGCAUGGUCUCGCAGCCUCAGCAGGAGUACCGCAAGUGUGUGUAUGGCCAAGCGGGAAUGAACACCCUGUCGUCCAUGCCGCUGCAGACGCUGCCAGAGAGCAAGUCCAGCUUCGGGCCCGGCAUGGGCCCAUAUAGCUGCCCCGCGGGGCUUCUGAAGGAGCUGCUGACGACAGAUACAGACCAGCAUGGAGAGCUCAUGCCCUCAGUGGACACUGUGGUGUCGCAGUCCAGCGGAAGCUGCAUGCUGCCGCCGUACAACAGCAGCCAGCAUGCAGCCAAACUAAUGGGAGGAGGGAACAGUCACCCGCAUGGUCUCUCUCACACUCACCCCCACAAUGUGCACAGCCAAGCUCCGGCCACGUCUCCAGCGAUGAAUGGCCGCUUGCUCAUGCCCCUGAGCCACAGCGUGCGUUUGCCUACAGCCAAAAGCCCUAUGCAGAUGCCUUAUGGCCUUGCCAGCCACCUCAGCGGGGGAGGCAUGCCUGGUGGCUUCUGCCCUCUCAACACCAACGGGUACGGCCGGCCAGGCCUGCCACAGCCCUCGCACCCGGAGAAGCUGCCCAGCGACCUGGAUGACAUGUCCAUCGAGAAGUUCGAGUUUGACAUGGAGACUGUCCUCCAUGACACUCUGAUGGACGGAGACUCCCUGGACUUCAACUUUGAGCCAAUGGUGACCCAACAAGGCUUCCCCCACGGAGUGAAGACCACCACACACAGCUGGGUGUCAGGGUAGAAACUAGUGUGAAAAGUUCGGUUCAACUGACUUGUUGCUGUUGCAGUUUGGUAAAAGACACAAUCAGAAAUCAUUUGAGACAAAAAGCGUAUCUUAGGAUGUUUAAUCCUCAUCCCGACUUCACCUGCAGUUUCUGUACCAUCGGUCUCAAAAAUACUUUUUGGAUCACCUCGAGAGACUGAAACUGGCCGUGAUCUGCUGAGAAUGCAUCUCCAUUGGUGUCCCUGAACCGGUGAAGAUGAAUAUCAGAGUUAUUUUUGAAAUAUCAAAUAUUCUGUACAAACUAAGUGCCAAACAUUUUGCCUUAAUGUAAGAGCCAAACUGAAACACACCUCUCUGGUUUACUCGUCGAGAUUGCAGAUCGCAGCAGCACCACCUGUAGAAGUGCUCAGACUCACACUAUGCUGUUUACUGUGUUUCCACAAUCAAACGUUUUCUAUGUACAGUGUGGUGAUAACUGAUUACCACUACAGAAGAAUUAUGAAGGUAAAUGGCUCAUGGGUCUGUGGACUGACUUGAUGUUAAGUGAGAAACCUCUCAAGGGAUCCUCGGAUGAUGUUACAUAAUAACUCACUUUGUUAUUGCCUGAAUGUACAUAAUGUCAUCAUACGGUUUGUAAAAUCAGGUCUCGCGGUGUAUUUUCUAAGACUGUAAAUAGUGUUUACAGAGUGGAAGCAAAAAUCAAGGCAGCAGACGUGAGCUCACGCAGAAAACUGGAUCAGAUUCUUUUAAACACAUGUCGAGUGGACAGAUCUGUGCUUGAGGAUUCUUCUCAAUCAGGCUGUAAAAUGGUAAUACACUUUCAGAUUUCUUGUACAUACGUUAAGAAUGUAUAUUAAAAUGAUGUAGUAGAUGUUUACUAGAUUUAGUAUAUAUUUGAGACCUAAAUUAUUUGUGGUUAAUAUAGAUUUAUGCUGGUGCAUAACCUGCACUCAGACGUCAGAAUUGUUCUGAGUCAUUCGUCACUCUGAACCUUAAUUAAUACCACAGGGGCCUAUUUAUUGUGCCUAACAAAGUAGAUAUCAACUGCAGGCUUGAAGGGUUUUAUAUUGUAAAUGUCUACGGUCCAGAAGAUGCUCAAAUCCAGCAGUCUUGAAGAAAAGUCCAGUGAAUUCUUUAUUUUCAGCUCCCUGCUUUCACUUUUUUUGUAGAAGUCGAGAAGAAACAAGUGGCGGUGGGUUUCCUGAACGCUUCGCAGUGCUGUGAAUGUUAAGAGGUCAAGGCAGGUUUUUUUGUUUGUUUGUUUUUUAAAAGAUACGCUCAGUGCUACUGUUGUUUUCACACCAAGGCUGAGUCCAAGACCUGCCAGAGAUUUGUCAUUUAAGACACUGUGAGUCAAAAGCCUGUCCCUUGUUGAGUUUCAGAACUUUUCUUUGUCUUCGUCUCACAAUCCUAGUAUGGCUGAUUUCAAUUAGCACAGCAUGAUUCCUUUUUGUCCAAAAGGGCCCUUUGAUGCUGUCAAUAGGAUCAGCUUUACUGCUUUUAAUGAGACUCCACUUUCACUCUACCCCUCCUACCUCUGCCUAUCUCUGUGUCCUUUUGAUAUAAUGGUAACACGUGACUCGAUAACUCCAAUCAUCUUUUAAAUAGCAAGUCUGUUUUAAUUACUUUUUAAAGUCGCCCCUGAAAAGCGCCACUAAGUGUUAAGUAUCUUAUCCAGCUUGUAUAUUUGCAUCCUCUGACUUGCUUUUCUCACUUAUUGCUGUACUAACAAUGAGCUUGUCAGCCUGUCAGUGACUUAUCAUGCCAUUUGUCACAAAUGGUGUACAAGGUUGUUGCUACCUUUGUGGAGAUGGUGUCUGUAAACAUGACUGCUUCUCAUGAAGUCGACUGGUUCUGUGGCUUAGAGAUAACAAACUAAAACUGAAAACUGCCUAUUCGACAUUGAUGUUUAUUGUGUGAUUUAUCCAGACACCACAUAUGUCAGUGGGUGUCUGAUCAUGUGUUGUCGACGGCUCUGAAUAUUCAGGUUUUUGUUCAAGUCAUGCUACUAUUGAGUUCACCUCCAAUCAGAGGUGUUUAAUUAGUUUUAUUGCUUGGUUGAAACGAAAAACUUGCAGACUCCAGAGCGGCGACGGCACAUAAUCUGACACCGCUGACAGAGAUUUUUAGAAAGCCUGGGAGCGUGGCAGGUUUAAGAAGAGUAAAAUGAAAUUCUUAACAUUUCAAAAAGCCCUGCAGAGAAGCUGGUAAAGAAGCUGCUGUUUGGCGUUGAUGCCAGGUGUUGCCUUUUCUUACCCAAACAUGCCAUAGUGUACUAUAGCCAAAUUUGCCUUUGAAGUUACAGUGAAAAUAUUUAGCAUUUUUAUCAUGUGAUAUGUUCAGAAUUAUAUAUAUAUUUGUGCCGGUCACUCAAGUCAGGAUAAACUGUAAUGAAUCCAUGUAGUCAGUGUCACAGGGUUCACUCUGAAAGUAAAAGAGCUGUACUAAGUAAAUUAUAUGUCUACAUUUUUAAAUGAUUGAAUCUAUGCAUUGUAUUCCUUAAUUUUAUGUUGCUAUUGUUAUAAUUUCUUUUUCUUUGAACUUAUGACAGAGAUAUUUUAUUGUAACAUAGCGCUGUGAGAUAUUAUGGUGUCGUUGUUGUCAAAACUCUAUGUUCCUGAUAGUUAUAUGGGGGAAAAAAAUGAAGUUUAUUUAGAAAAUAGAUGAUGCAGUGAUUAAUAUGCUAAGCUUUUGUAAACUGACAAUGUUGUAUUUCUUGUAUUUAGCUACAGUUUUUAGAAAACAGCAUCAAAAAGCAAAUUACGGAAAAAAAAGUAAAGAUUUGUUGCAUUUUUAAAAUGAAGAACACAAUAUUUAGUUUGUCAGAGAAGUCCUGCUCAGAAUGCAGGUUCUGGACCAAUUUUUGUAAUUUUACUAGAAUGGAGAGAUAUUGUACUUUUACUUACAUUUUAUAACAAAGUGCUCCUCAUAACAAGAGGAAGAGUUCCCAUUGCAUACUUUAAAAUAAAAAUCUGUUACGUUUGACUCCUAUACAGGAAUAAAUUGGACUUGUGCUGUGUGAUUUGCAAUCAAUAAGAAUAUGUAACUCGUUCAAUAUUAAUGUAUUAAGACCUGAAUAAAUGUACUUCUG